AUGAAGCUUCUCUUUACGAGACGUAAAUUCGGCCUGCUCGUUGGGGUUGCUGCUGGCUUUCCAGACCUGGACAAGGACCCUGCAAAUGACAUACGACUAGGCGACGUCCUGAUCGGAGUCCAUAUUUCGCACUCGCAACUGGUAUGGGACCAUUGCUUGGAGAUCGAGGCUGCUGGCGUGAUGAAUCGAAUCCCCGUCGGGGCCGUGCGAGGAGUAUGCGACUAUGCCGAUGACCACAAGAACAAGCAGCGGCAGCCUUAUGCCGCUGCGCGGGCUGCCUCGUACGCAAAGUUGAUAUUGCGCUACAUGGGCCAAGGGAACGACACGACACCUAGCAGAAUCGGUAAGACAUGA